CUCCCAGCAGGGCUUCAGUUUCAUCUCAGCUGAGCAGUGACCUUCGAGCUGCAGGAGAGACGGGAACCUCCCGGCCGAUCCCACCAGGCACCCAGCAUCAUCACCACGAGGCUGUUGGGAAUCAUGGAGAUCCAGCUGAUCAGUGGCUUUCUGUCCUUGCUGUUCCUUGUCUGGCUGCCAACUGGGACAGUCAGCCAGACAGAAAACUCAGGAAUCACUAGGCAGUGUAAGCUUGAAAUUUGGUCAAAGAAUCUCAUGGUACAUGUGAAGUGGUAUGAACCUAAAGGUCUGGAGAGGUGGAAUCAAACCAACACCACGGCUCAGGGAGAAAACUGUACGAAUCUCAUCAGCCCCUGCAUGAGUGCAGCCCACAUGGGAACCUGUGAGUUUAGCAUCUCCAUCACAAGAAUAAACUCAACAGACACUGAAAAUGGCACACAGGAGACAGUUCCCAGGUGUUGCCUUGCAGGACUUCAGACCAAUGUCACAGAGAAGAUCUGGACAGGACUCAACCUCUUGUGCAUCUCCUUUGGCUUAGCGGUGGGGACACUCAUCUACACACCCAUCCUUGGCUUCCUGCUGUGGCAGUGCAGAAGGAACAGAACAGGAAAGAUCACAAGUAAGAAAGUGGCAGAAGUGGAUCAGCUCAGCAGGGAAGCCCCGGUGACAGGGACUGAGGACGUGACCUAUGCCAACCUGAAGUUUGAAAAGGAGACAAAACCUGCCUCCUCCAGCAUCAUUUACACCGAGAUCAAGCCAUCACAACAGAGUGGUGGGGAUGCCAGUGCAGCCAGCACAGCAGUGGAUGUCUUCCCCAGCAGAGAGGGCAAAUGAGGGAGAAGGGUGAGCAGCUUGUACAUCUGUUGGGGUUGUUCUCCCCAAAUACUAGGUGUUAGCUCAUACAGAAGUGCAAUCUUGGUGACCAAAGCCACCUGUCUACCC